GAGGCCCCGGGAAGCGCAGCCAUGGCCCUGCGGAGGCUGGGGGCCGCGCUGCUGCUGCUGCCGCUGCUCGCCGCGGUGGAAGAAACGCUGAUGGACUCGACCACAGCGACGGCAGAGCUGGGCUGGAUCGUGCAUCCUCCAUCAGGGUGGGAAGAGGUGAGUGGCUACGAUGAGAACAUGAACACGAUCCGCACGUACCAGGUGUGCAAUGUGUUUGAGUCGAGCCAGAACAACUGGCUACGGACCAAGUUCAUCCGGCGCCGUGGUGCCCACCGCAUCCACGUGGAGAUGAAGUUCUCCGUGCGUGACUGCAGCAGCAUCCCCAGCGUGCCCGGCUCCUGCAAGGAGACCUUCAACCUCUAUUACUAUGAGGCCGACUUCGACUCGGCCACCAAGACCUUCCCCAACUGGAUGGAGAAUCCAUGGGUGAAGGUGGACACCAUUGCGGCCGACGAGAGCUUCUCCCAGGUGGACCUGGGUGGCCGGGUCAUGAAGAUCAACACCGAGGUGCGGAGCUUCGGGCCGGUGUCCCGCAACGGCUUCUACCUGGCCUUCCAGGAUUACGGUGGCUGCAUGUCCCUUAUUGCCGUGCGUGUCUUCUACCGCAAGUGCCCCCGCAUCAUCCAGAAUGGCGCCGUCUUCCAGGAGACACUGUCGGGGGCCGAGAGCACAUCGCUGGUGGCUGCCCGGGGCAGCUGUAUCGCCAAUGCCGAGGAGGUGGACGUGCCCAUCAAGCUGUACUGUAACGGGGACGGCGAGUGGCUCGUACCCAUCGGGCGCUGCAUGUGCAAAGCCGGCUUCGAGGCCGUGGAGAACGGCACGGUCUGCAGAGGUUGCCCUUCCGGAACCUUCAAGGCCAACCAAGGGGACGAGGCCUGCACCCACUGCCCCAUCAACAGCCGGACCACUUCCGAAGGGGCGACCAACUGCGUCUGCCGCAACGGCUACUACAGAGCAGACCUGGACCCCCUGGACAUGCCCUGCACAACCAUCCCCUCCGCACCCCAGGCGGUGAUCUCCAGUGUCAACGAGACCUCCCUCAUGCUAGAGUGGACCCCGCCCCGCGAUUCAGGAGGCCGUGAGGAUCUCGUCUACAACAUCAUCUGCAAGAGCUGCGGUUCAGGCCGGGGCGCCUGCACCCGCUGUGGGGACAACGUGCAGUAUGCGCCCCGCCAGCUGGGCCUGACCGAGCCGCGCAUUUACAUCAGUGACCUGCUGGCUCACACCCAGUACACCUUCGAGAUCCAGGCCGUGAACGGUGUCACCGACCAGAGCCCCUUCUCGCCUCAGUUCGCCUCCGUGAACAUCACCACCAACCAGGCAGCUCCGUCGGCUGUGUCCAUCAUGCACCCGGUGAGCCGCACGGUGGACAGCAUCACCCUGUCGUGGUCCCAGCCUGACCAGCCCAACGGCGUCAUCCUGGACUAUGAGCUGCAGUACUAUGAGAAGGAGCUCAGUGAGUACAACGCCACAGCCAUAAAAAGCCCCACCAACACGGUCACUGUGCAGGGCCUCAAAGCCGGCGCCAUCUAUGUCUUCCAGGUGCGGGCACGCACUGUGGCAGGCUACGGGCGCUACAGUGGCAAGAUGUACUUCCAGACCAUGACAGAAGCCGAGUACCAGACAAGCAUCCAGGAGAAGCUGCCACUCAUCAUCGGCUCCUCGGCGGCCGGCCUGGUCUUCCUCAUUGCUGUGGUCGUCAUUGCCAUUGUGUGUAACAGAAGACGGGGGUUUGAACGUGCUGACUCGGAGUACACGGACAAGCUGCAGCACUAUACCAGUGGCCACAUGACCCCAGGCAUGAAGAUCUACAUCGACCCUUUCACCUAUGAGGACCCCAAUGAGGCAGUGCGGGAGUUUGCCAAGGAAAUUGACAUCUCCUGUGUCAAAAUUGAGCAGGUGAUUGGAGCAGGGGAGUUUGGUGAGGUAUGCAGUGGCCACCUAAAACUGCCAGGCAAGAGAGAGAUCUUUGUGGCCAUCAAGACGCUCAAGUCAGGCUAUACUGAGAAGCAGCGCCGGGACUUCCUGAGCGAGGCCUCCAUCAUGGGCCAGUUCGACCACCCCAACGUCAUCCACCUGGAGGGCGUUGUCACCAAGAGCACGCCUGUGAUGAUCAUCACUGAGUUCAUGGAGAAUGGCUCCCUGGACUCCUUCCUCCGGCAAAAUGAUGGGCAGUUCACAGUCAUCCAGCUGGUGGGCAUGCUCCGGGGCAUCGCGGCUGGCAUGAAGUACCUGGCAGACAUGAACUACGUCCACCGCGACCUGGCCGCCCGCAACAUCCUCGUCAACAGCAACCUGGUCUGCAAGGUGUCUGACUUUGGGCUCUCACGCUUUCUGGAGGAUGAUACCUCAGACCCCACCUACACCAGCGCACUGGGUGGGAAGAUCCCCAUCCGCUGGACGGCCCCAGAAGCCAUCCAGUACCGGAAGUUCACCUCAGCCAGUGACGUGUGGAGCUAUGGUAUCGUCAUGUGGGAGGUGAUGUCCUACGGGGAACGGCCCUACUGGGACAUGACCAACCAGGAUGUAAUCAAUGCCAUAGAGCAGGACUAUCGGCUGCCGCCACCCAUGGACUGCCCAAGCGCCCUACAUCAGCUCAUGCUAGACUGCUGGCAGAAGGACCGAAACCACCGGCCUAAGUUUGGCCAGAUCGUCAACACGCUGGACAAGAUGAUCCGAAACCCCAACAGCCUCAAAGCCAUGGCACCCCUCUCCUCCGGAAUCAACCUGCCGCUGCUGGACCGCACGAUCCCCGACUACACCAGCUUUAACACCGUGGAUGAGUGGCUGGAAGCCAUCAAGAUGGGGCAGUACAAGGAGAGCUUCGCCAAUGCCGGCUUCACCUCCUUCGACGUCGUGUCGCAGAUGAUGAUGGAGGACAUUCUCCGGGUUGGGGUCACCUUGGCUGGCCACCAGAAAAAAAUCCUGAACAGUAUCCAGGUGAUGCGGGCACAGAUGAACCAGAUCCAGUCUGUGGAGGUUUGACAUUCAUCCGCCUCGGCUCACCUCUUCCUCCAGCCCCCCCCCCACUCUGCCCCACACGCCAGCCCCCUGGUUCUCCGUCCACGUCCACCGCAGGGUCAGCCACCUGCCAGGAGGCCACGGGCAGCAGGAAGAACCGAGCAGCGCUCCAGCCACGAGACGUCACCAAGAAUAUGUGCAACUCAGAUGAUGGAAAAAAGGGAACGGGGACAAAAGAAAAUAGAUCCAGGGAGGGGGCGGGAAAUACAAGGAAUAUUUUUUAAAGAGGAUUCUCAUAAGGAAAGUGAUCAUUGUUCUUAGGGAAAAAAAAGAAAAGAAAA